CGAGAUUGGAAUUACUGUAAAUUCAAAAUAAAAUUGAAAUUAAACAAUCUGAAGCAGAUGAUGUGUUAUACUCCUUUGGUUAUCGAAUCUUCAUCUGUUUGCAACUAAGAGACUAGAGUGUAGUCUCGACUGUCGAUAAUAACAAUUUAUUACAAUGGCUUCAAGACAUGAUGAUGGAGAAUCCCUCAUACGGUGCACUGAUUGACUUUUUCCAAGCCGCAGAAAUCGCUUGCGAAACUGGGAGUGCUAAACAAUCAGUAGCUGAAAUCCUUACUGAAAAGGUCACCUCACACUACCCACACGUCUCUAUUAGCCGUCCAACUCGGUUUUUGGAUACAGUAAAGAGAUUGGCUGCACCAACACAACCAUCCUCCAUUGGGGAGCAGAAAUUGUUGGGCUCACCAUUAAAUACUUACCGUCGCAGGGUAUGGUUACCCAGAAACAGGCAUAAUCAAGCCUCCAACGUAUUUCCGACAAAUGUAAAGCAGUGUGGUGUUACAGAGAGUGUUUUCCAGAAAGCGUUUCUGCAAUGCUUGGAAGGGCAGCAGGAUUUGUGUUGGACUCUUACGAAACCGGUAACAGUUGGAUUUUAUAGAAAUCUACAUCACUAUCUCCUACGGUGGCCACCUUCACGUUCAGCUACAAAAGCUACCAAUAGGUAGGUUUUACCUUUUGGUUGAUGUAAACUUUCAAUCCACAAAGAUGUCGAGUCAUCCUGAUAACAUCUAUAUGUUUGUGAAACGAGUAGUGGGAUCGUGCAAGUUAAACGCAGAGCCCAUGUAUUAUGGUAAUACAGUUAAACAGUUGAAAUUGUCCUAUCAAGAAGAUCUUGAGGCGAUGUCUCAGAAAGUGUCCAAGCAAAUAGAUGUUUUGCAUAAAAUGAAGAGACAAGUGGAAGUUGCAAGCAAGGAGCUAGCUGCUACAAGACAUACAUUAUCAGAUGUUACAAAUUAGCUUCAGAAAACUGUAAAGCAGCGUGAUGCUGCACGUAAGCAGGCCUCUAGAAGUCAAAAGAAGCUUGAAGCGGUAUGUUUAGACUCAGCAUAUUAUGAAGAGGAAAUGCUAUUAAAGAAUGAUAGUUUGACUGAACUAAUUAAAUCUUUUAAGAGUAAAAUGAAGUCACUUUCUGUUGCUGGUUCAGCUGUUGUUUCCGAAGAAGGCAAUACAUUUGAAACAAAAAAUUGUAGUCAGGCUUAUACACCAAUGGUUAGAGAACUCUACUAUAAACUGCUUGCGCAGCAGUUGCCUCCUGCCAAAAUUUCUAGCACAAUUAGAGCUGUUCUCAAAAGCUUCUUACCAUCAUUAGACGUUGAUAAAUUAAAGCUACCCGGAGAAUCUUGCGCUUCUUACAUGAGAAGAGAGGAACUUACAACUAUAAAUGUAGCUCAUAAUGCAGCUAAUCUUCUAGAGUUUGACUGUUUGAAUUUAAACUGUGAUGGUACAACAUUGUCUCAGAAGAAAUUGCAAGGUGCUGCAACUAAUGGUUCAGUUCUUUCAGUCAAUGAGAUUCCUGAUGGAAGUGCAGAUUCAAUGAUACUUGACAUUUCUCGUGAGCUAGAGAAACUUAGAGAUGUUGCCCGUGCAUUACAUUUUCCCGGUGCAGACAAAAUCAACUGGACUCUGAUCAGAUCAUCCACAUCCGAUUCAGCAGCAACACAAAAAAGAUUUAAUAAACUGGUUGAAGAAAAAAGAGAUGUAGAUCGAGAACGCUUUGGACCUGCUGGAGAUGUAACUGAACUAAUUGAGAACUUUUGUUGCAUGCACCUCGGUGUUAAUCUUCGGAAAGCGUUUUUUGAGAGUGAAAAAUCACGCAUUGAUAAUGCUUCGAGUGAUGUUUUAGUUCACGAGUAUUGCAAGUUACUAAGUAAAUGUGGUGGAAAGCAUGGCAUACCUGAAUAUGGUCAUGGUGCAAUCGCGUUUCCCGAUUUUUUAGCAUUAAUGGCUUCUCAAUCAGACCCAAGUGAAGCUACUUACUAUCAGCAAUGUGCAACAAUUAAGUUGGAUAGACAAGUUGGUAGCAGGUAUUUUGUGACUGCUGCCAACGCUGGAAAAGUAUAUUUCCUUCGGGAAGCUUCGAUUUGCUUUUUGAGAUACAUUGGAAAGGAAAGCGGAAAUAAACUGGAACAAAGUGUUAUUCAAAAACUUCAAGAUCAAGUUGAACUAGCCCAUCUAAAAGCUGACGCAAUAAUGUUUCAUCAUGUUUACUGUAAUAUGGUAAUGCUUGCAAAAUCGACUAACUUGAAUAAGAAUGUUCUUGACAUGAACAUACACUAUUUAGAACUUCAAGCUUUUUUAUCUGAGGUAGAGCGUUAUCCAGAAACAGCUAUGGAUCGAAACCAUCAAAUAUUCUUAUCAGAAAAGCGAUUAUAUGGGAAUGACAAGAAUAUUAAUCAUCGCCUGCAUCCAUCAUAUGCACCCAUUGAAGAAGUAGUCUUUUCCAGCAAUGAAACUGAUGAGCGUCUCCUUCAUCCAUUGCUUUGUUCUGGUGCAGCAAAGAUGAAUGCAAAACUUUCAUCCUAUGCCCAAAACCAGCUACCAGGCGGCAAGUAUUGGAAUCCUGCACCAGAUGUAGCAACUGUUUUGAAGUCUUUGAAGCCUAACAAUGAUGUCUGUGAAAGUAUCCUAGGUCUAAACGAUUACCUGUCAACGGUAAUGCCAAACUUGCAUCAGAUGUCUAAAUCAAAUCUAGUUCAGGCAAAAAAAAACAAGACUGUUCAAUGGCUAGAUGGUCUACCAAGUGAUCAACAGCACAACAUUGUUGAAUUUGCAAGAAAGAGCCGAGUUCAAGUUAAAAAGGCAUAUGAUAGCGCUCAAGAGGACAGGCAAAAACUCAGGCAAGAGAAAAUGAUCAGAGAGAAAAACCGCAGAGAUGCCUUUCAAAAAAGAGCUGCUGAAGAAAAGGCUAAACUGUCAAAAGUACAUUUGAUAACAACAGGUGAUGAACUGAAAGGUGCACUAUUAGAAAUUGAUGAAGAGAGCAUAACUGCUGCAAAAAAGGCCCCAAAAAAACGUGUAUUACUCAGAGAACAAAUUAAUGUUCGGAAGAAAGUGUUUGAAGAUAGUAUUAAUAUUCCAUUCUCAACUAGAGGGAAACAACGACCCCUAACUGAUAUAAUCAAAGACUUUUCUGCUCAUUUGCUGCAGUGUGAAGGAACAAGUACUAUGGAUAAUGCUAAGCACUAUACGUUCGAGUCGCUAGUUGGGAGAAGAGUUAAACAUUGUUUUGAAGUAGAAAAUGAAGAGAGAUGGUUCUCAGGAGUUGUUGUAAGUUAUAAUCCUACAACUCACUUACACGAAAUUGUUUAUGAUGAUGAAGAACACAGCUGCUUUUUUAACUUGCUAGAAGAUCUCUCAAAAGGUGACUUACUGGUCGAAAAUGAUAAUUGAUUUUUAUAUAACAUGUGCAUGUAUGUGAUAUUGUAUGAUUAUUAUUUAAUUAACAUUAAUUUAAUGUUAUAAUUAAAUAACACACUAAUACUUCUAUAAGAAGUAAUUAUUAUAGUUGGUCCAUAAUCUCUUUCAAAGUAAUUCGAGUUAAACUCAUUUCCGUAAGUAAUCUUUUUAAUUCUUCUUGCAAGUGCAAAAUGUCAUCGUCUUGCUGUUUAAGUUGCAGAGACAGCUGACAAAUUUUGAGUUGCACCUCAUCUUCAAGGUUUUUUUGCAUUGUACCUGGAAC